AAUAGGUUAGUCCCCUGCCAACGCCGCUAGCCAGCUGUUGGCGUUGCUACUAUAUAUUACUUCUAGCAGACAACGGGUGGACUCUCUGUAUUUCUAAUCUUAAGCAACCAUGGCCAUUCGUAUACGACGCCUCGUUUCCCGGGUGGCUUCGGCGAUGUUUACGGGGGCCUGGUAGCGGGAUCUGAGUGCGUUUGCCGCCUAGCUGCGCGCUUUGACACAAUGACAUGGGGAACUGUUGGACUCAGUGUUGCGGGAUAUUCAGAAGGGAAGCUAACAGAAUUCAGAGAGGAGGAGGGUCUAAAUACUUUAGGAGCAGCACAACCGGAGAGCACUACACAAUAGAGUUUGAGAAUCUUGUGGAGAGUGAUGAGGGUGAGAGUUCACACAGCUGCCCCAGGCCCAUCAGCGAGGAAGAGAUCGGCCAUCUGAAGGAGCAGUGCUAUGGUGCUAUUGUGGACAAGCAGAUGCUGAUCGAUGAAAAGCUGAACGCAGAGUUAGUGGAACAGGAGGAGAAGUUAAGGCUAGAAGAGGAGGCUAUAUGCGCAGCCCAGCGCCAGGCCGCCAGGCUCGCGAAGGAGCGAGUGCUGAAGGAGCAGCAGCUUGCACAGAGGAGCAGGGGGAAGGCUGACGCAGGAGCCACUGGCACACACCGCAAACACCGGCCCUCGGGUGGAGAAUUUGAAGUGUACCUGCAGACUGUGAAGGCUCAGUCGGAAGCGUUCCGCACUAGCCGGCUCUCCUCUGACACAAAUGUAGGGACUCCCAACACAGAGUGCAGCUGGGACUUCACCAGUAAAACUCGAUCUACUAACGAUGAUGCCACUUCCCUUGACCUGGAGUGGGAGGAUGAGGAGGGCAUGAACCGAUUGGGGCCCGUGUGGGAGCGCUCGAAGACGGAGGAGGACAUUCUACGCGCUGCUCUCCGACCGGGCGGCGCGCGCCUAGGCAGUGGUCCCACCUCCACCUCGGAGGACUCCAACGCGCUCGAAUGGGAGAAUGACUUUGUCAGCGCACACGUCGAAGAAGCUAGCGACCGUGGAGAUGAGGAGUUUGAGGGGUUUGUGAAUCCUGCCCUGGACACUCCAUCUGAGACGGCUGAGAUCGAGUCUAAUCCUGACCACCAGGAUAGAUAGUCCCGGCACUGGCCGUGGACACGGGGCCAAACGCCUGGCCCAGUGGGUUUGGACUGGAAUGUUUAAGCUGAAGUUGUUCUACUGUAUGUAUGUAUGUGGAAUAAUUUAAUUCAGCCUCGUUUAAGGUUUAAUCAUUUGUCAGUUUCAAUCAAGUGCAAUUUUUUUAAACAUCUGAUCUAAUGCAGAAAAUGGCCUUGUGUUUUGUUAAGGGUUGAUUGUAAUGCUAUCAUGACUGUCUGUCUGUAAUUUUGACAUAUUACUCUCCCCAGGUUUUUGGAGAGUUAGCCAUUAUCUUUACUGAACUAAAUGAAAAUAUUGCUUGUGACUGAGUAGGCCUACCUCGGGGAGGGGGGACAGAGUUUGUGAAUGUUGCACUCAGUUUUGUAGCUUGCAGUUAUGGUUAAAAAUUCAUUUAUAAUCUUGGAAAAAUGACCUAGCCAUCUGUACAAACACUGCAUUGGCAAACAAAGGUUAUUUUACUCUGCUUUAGGCUGAAAUAGAAAACUGAUGUGUAUUCCAAUAUAUACACCAAAAUAGAAUAAACACCAUACUCCCAUUCCUGCUCUAAAGAAACAGUCUUCAACCUUAAACAGCUUUCUUGUUUUUAGAUCUUUGUCUGCUUUCAGACUACACUAUUCUUCAGUCAUCAAGUUUUUAUAUACGGUUUCUUUUUUUAAUUUAACCUCAAGAGCACACCCCAAAGAAGUCUAAAUAUGUAAGAUCAUUUUUAAUUAGCCUGUUUUGUUCCAAGGGAAAACUGAGUAACGGGACAUCCAAUUAAGGUUUGGAUCCUUAUUAAACAGUGCUGUGCUUACAGGCAGUUCCUCUUUUUUUUUUUAGCUGAAUUUCUGCAUCUACAUAGAGAAAUAUUGUUUUGUUUUACAAAACAAAAUACACUACCUCUGGGCUUGAGUACUCAAGAAUGAUUAAUUGAUUGGGAAACAAAACUGCCAUUAGGUUUUUUUAAAGGUCUGUACAAAUUUCCUGUAGUCUACUUUUAAACAGGCUGCUUUUAACCCGCUACACAGGUGAUAUAAUGUAUGGACAAGUGAAGCCUCUAUAACUUGCAGCAUCCAUGUAGCAAGAAUGACCUGUCACAUGUUUAACAUGAUCUGUAUUCAACCCAAAGUGUUGAUGCCACUAUAAAAAGCCCACGAAGGUGUGAAGAAAAUACUUGCCUUUAAUUUAUGUAAAAGUCUCAAAUGAUAAAAAUAGAGGUGUGUUUGAUUUCUCUCCCCCCACCCCCAAAAUUUUUUUUAUUAAUUUACCUGAUUUUCACAUUGCUUGAUGAACAAGACUGUGCUUUAUGAUGUAAUUCAGUAUCUUCGUGUACCACAGAAGAACCUUUGGACCACUGUGCUUUUAGACUAUGUUAUAAUCAUUUAAACACAAUCAAUUAAGGUGUUUCUGUUUAAAGCCAGAACCACUCAUCUCUGAAAAUUGAAAUGUGUAGUAUGCAUGACCAUUUAUUUAUGCUUAAAAAAAUUGUGUAAUUUCUUUUAAAUUUAAUUUGAAUUAAAUUGUUUGUGUAUGGGUAUGUAUAUGCAUUGGUAUGGAAUCGUGUUGGAUGUAGGCCUCUUACAGGUUUUGGGCCAUGGGAUAAAAGGAGUUUGAUUAUAAUGUUUGCUUGUUUGUUGACUGACACUUGGGCAAAUAUGUAUGAUUGCUGUACAGUUUCAAAAUUGUGUCUUUUCACUUUUAAAAUACUCUUUGUCCAUGUUUGGUUUCUGUGCCCCAAUUGCCACUCUAGUUCACUAAAGCGUACACUUUCUUGGCAUCAGAUGAACGUGGGUUGAUAGCUUUAAUAACUUUGGAGUGAAGAGUUUGGUCAAAGAACACUCAUUAAGCCUUAUUGUAUUUUUUCUUGUCCUCAUUGCUAGUUUUAUGUAAAUAUGUUGACAUAAUUCAACAAAACCUGUGAUGAUGCACAGUUUAUUUCUGAGCAUUCCUGAAGCUGGCAUAUCAACUGAGCAGCUAACAUUAUUCAUAAAUGUGAGGAACUUUAGAAUUGUGCUAUUUUGUUCAUCUACAUGUAUGGUAUUGUGAAAAAGGACACAUUUUCAUAUAUAUACACAAAUGUAAUUGUGAAAGCUUGGCAAACAGCUCAAGCAGAAUGUAACUUUAGUUUUGAAAGCUCAUCUUUGUGACUUGAGUUUGACUGCUAAUAAAAAGGAAGCAUUAUGAA